GUCGAUAAGUUAGCUCGAUGUUAUCAUCGAUUGCACUCGAAUCGCUUUAUAUAUAUAUCUCAUCCAUACAGUGCAUGGCAGUGUUGUAUGGAACGUAAGAUUUCAGUGUAUUCAUAAUACUUGCACUCGUUAGAUCAGCUGUGUGGAUCCGUAAAAGUCGUACUACGGAUUGUCAUUUUGAAUUUAAAAUUCGAUCGAUAAACUUUCUCCAAAAACAAUCGUACGUUUGUUAAGAGUGAUGUGAUAUGUAGUUCGAAUAUUGUAAAAAGCUUCGCAAGUGAAAUUUUUUUUGCUGAGAACAGUGAAUUAGUUCCUAACCUCCGUUUCAGGUCUUGCAAGAACCAAUUUACAGAUUUGGACAUUUAUCAAGCUGUGCCUACCAAUAUAAAUCAUCAAUAUGCCGCUGAGUACUGAUAUGUCAACAGCGUUAUACUUAUUGGAACAUAUUCAUGAGCGAGUCAAUGAUCGCAGUGAUCAAAAAUUUCAAACGCACAUUACCAAUGAUUUAACAACACUUAUUUCCUUGCUCGAGGAUCCUACUUUUCGGAGUAUCAUCGCUAUUCAGGAUUCCCUUGCAGAUUUGAAUGCACAACUUGGUCAACAUCCUUCCAUAUUACCUGGCGAUUUUGACAUUAAUCUCAGUGGACAGCUGGAAUUAUCGGUCCCCAGUACACCUUUGGAACCAUUAGCAGCCAAUGUUUACAGAGAUCUCUAUCAUGAAAAUGAGUUGGAUGACCAAAGAGUCCCAGUCGCGCCGCUCACUCACAGCAGCAGCGAGGAUACCAGUGGACAGGUAACGAGUCCGAGCAUGGUAUCAGACCUCAUAGGUAUUCCAGCAAUAACAACACCAACGUAUGCCAAGGAAUUCCAAAAAGUUAUAGAAAGUGCAGCAAAGGGUCGUCAAGUGUGCACCGUACAGCUAUUCAAACCUGAGGGUAGCAACCUUGGUUUCAGUGUUGUCGGACUCCGUAGCACAGACAGAGGAGAGCUCGGUAUAUUUCUUCAAGAAAUUCAACUCACUGGAAUCGCUGGCUGUGAUGGUCGACUCGUAGAAGGCGAUCAAAUAUUGGCUAUCGAUGGACAACCGUUGGAUUCUAAUAUAUCGCACGAACAAGCGAUUUCCAUACUUCAAAAAGCUCGCGGGCUUGUCGAGUUAGUCGUUGCCAGGAGCAGCCCAGAAUUCGAUUUUAUCGCACAAACGGAUGAAGCAUAUGUGGCUUCAAACUCAAACGGAGGUACAGGAGAGACUGGCUCAACGAUUAGCCCAGGCGCUCCUGGGAAUCAAAUUCCUACCGAGAAAGACAAUUCGGCGUCAUUAUCUGUUGGCCCCCAAGAAACUGCACCAGCAACUGCUGCAACACACGGAGGACUCCUGAUCGAAAGAAGUCCUUCCGCAAUAAGUGACGCUUCUAAAACUAGCUCUGACAUGGUGCUAAACACCGAAUGGGCACAAGUGGAAGUUAUUAAUUUGAUCAACGAUGGAAGUGGUCUGGGUUUCGGGAUCAUUGGUGGACGGAGUACCGGUGUCGUUGUCAAAACCAUCCUGCCUGGUGGCGUGGCCGAUCGCGAUAAUCGGCUUCAAAGUGGCGAUCACAUUCUUCAGAUUGGUGAUGUCAAUUUACGUGGAAUGGGUAGUGAACAAGUUGCUGCUGUUUUACGACAAUCUGGAACACAUGUUCGGCUCGUCGUUGCACGACCAGUCGAACCAACGUCACCGGAUUAUCAGGCUCUCGGGAGUCACGCACCGAUCGUCCCAACAAAAAUUCUCGGAGAUCCUGAGGAGCUGGACCGACACCUUGAAAACAACGUUCCUGAAAACAGUCAAAAGCUCCGCCACAGUACAGACUCCGAGAACGGUAGCAUUUACAUUCAAGAACAGGACAUCGAAAUUCACACAAGACCCAGUCUCAUCAUGGAUAUCGUACGAAAUCCAGUUCCAAUCGGAGCUACACCAGCUAUUCCGGUUAUUUCUGCGACUACCCAAAUGCCUCCACUACCGGUCCUUUCCAUGGAUCCAAUUGACGUGAAAUCUUUACCCGAAAUGGAAAGAUUUUCGGUUGAACUUAAGAAAGAUACGUAUGGUUUAGGUAUCACGAUAGCAGGAUACGUCUGUGAGAAAGAAGAGCUUUCGGGCAUUUUUGUAAAGAGUAUUAGCAAAGGAAGCGCAGCUGACCUGAGCAACAUGAUUCGAAUAAAUGACCGAGUUGUCGAAGUCGAUGGUCACUCCUUACAAGGAUAUUCCAACCACGAAGCAGUCGAAGUUUUACGAAGUACAGGACAAAACGUUCUUCUCUGCUUAGAACGAUAUUUAAGGGGACCAAAAUAUGAGCAAUUGCAACAAGCCAUAGCGGCCAGUGAAUCAAGAGCUCCACAACCCAGUUCACCAUCGAUUGCGAGUCUCCCGAGCUUCCCGAUGAGUGCAGACGGGGAUACAACGACUGAUAUCGAACCAGAAGGAGAAUCUCAUACAACGGUAGACAGCGCAAUUCUAAUCGAAGCUGCGUGUGCUGAAGUUAGUGACGACACAGAUUUGGGUGUACACAAUCAAGCAUUGCUCAGCGACACAUCGUGCGAGCUCACUCCACAGAUCCGAGCAGCAAUUAAAGCUAAAUGGCAGAAAAUACUCGGCAAAAAUACCGAAAUAGUGGUAGCGCAACUUAAUAAAUUCGCCGAAGGUAGUGGACUCGGUAUUAGCUUAGAAGGGACAGUGGACGUUGAAAACGGACAAGAAGUUAGACCUCAUCAUUAUAUCCGCUCCAUUCUACCCGAGGGGCCGGUAGGCCAAAAUGGCAUAUUGCGCUCAGGCGAUGAGCUUCUAGAGGUCAAUGGCUAUCGAUUAUUAGGAAUUAACCACAUGGAAGUUGUAACUGUUCUCAAAGAAUUGCCGAUUAACGUGAGAAUGGUAUGUGGACGGAACAUUGAUUCCCACGAUCCUCUGUGUCCAAUUGACACAGCGCAACAUCAAGCUGCUUUCCAAACGAGGAGCAUUUUAGGUGGAUCACUACAGAAUUUAUUGCCCACAAUGGAUCGCUUGGUUAAAGCAAAGUCUGAUGGUUCCUUAGCAUCCACAACGACAGCUACCGUUACGGAUGCCAGCUUGAAUAAAAUGAAAUCACGAUCGCUUGAACCGUUAACAGGAUUAGCAAUGUGGAGCUCGGAGCCCCAAAUAAUUGAAUUAGUUAAGGGAGAACGAGGCCUUGGGUUUUCAAUAUUGGAUUAUCAGGAUCCGAUGAACGCCAACGAAACUGUGAUAGUUAUACGAUCACUUGUGCCAGGUGGAGUGGCUCAAAUAGAUGGCCAACUGAUUCCAGGUGAUCGCCUUCUGUUUGUAAACGAUAUUGCUCUGGAAAAUGCAACGUUGGAUCAAGCCGUUCAAGCGUUGAAGGGUGCACCAAAAGGGACCGUAAAGAUUGGAGUAGCUAAACCGUUACCGAUACCAGAUAGUAUUGCACAGACAAUCUGUAGCAGAGAACGAUAAGCAGAGAUGGGACCAUAUCAGAGAACGGAAAGUCAAUGUAAUUCAAUCGCCUCGCAAGAAGAAACUAUUGGAUAUUUCACAAAGUUGACGUAAACCAUGUUAAAUUUGAAAGCUUCGAAGUUUAAAAUGGUGUAAUAUAAUAUAUAGCUGCAUUUUUUAAACACUGUUCUAGCUAAAGGAAAAUUAGAAUAAAUUCAUUUUAUUUAUGUAUUAUAUAACAUUCUUCAAUCAAACAGGUUGGCAAUUAAUCAAUCUACUUCCUGUAAAGAAAAUGUUAUCAUCAUGGAAGAAAUAUGUUUAACCUGAUAGCACGAAAGCUGUUCCAUUUUUAGUAUUAUUUCUUUUUCUGUAUUUGUAAACAAUUAUUGCGUGACAAAUAUAAUAAUCUGAAAACACAAAA